UUGUCUCUCAACAGUUGUGCACGUCCGUCUUGUGCUCCUUCCUCUUCAUCAUCCCCAUCAUCAUGGAAGUCAAGGUGGUGGAGAACAUCUACCUGCUUGUGGUCGUCACCUUGGUCAGCGUGGUGCAGAACGCCUUCUUCGCUCUCAAAGUGGAGAAGGAGUGCAACAGUCCCGCUUUCAGUCGAGUGGCUUGUGCCAACCGAAACUGUAUGGAUGCCUACACCACCUUCCUGGCUCUCAUGUGGUGUGCUGGCCUGUCCCUCAGCCAAGCUCCUGCUGCAUUCGCUGGCCUGGUGUACGUGCUGGUGCGUCAAAAGUACUUUGUGGGCUACAUGGGACAAAGCUCUCAGAGCACUCCUGGCUACCUGUUUGGCAAACGCGUGCUCUUCUUUCUGAUGCUGAUGAGCGCACUGGGAAUCGUCAACUUCCUGCUGGCGUACUACUGCGGGAGCAACUUUAAUAAGGAAAUUCUGGAGACCCUCACCAAGGCCACGUCCGCUCUGCUGCUCAUCCCUUAGCGCCAACAAAGAUGGACCCCCACAAAAAACAGCAACUUUUUCUUGCAACCUUUUUUUCUUUCCAUUCAUCUGAACAUGCAAUCAAAAAAACACGUAGAGUAUAAAAAGUGUAUAAAUGCGUCAGUGCAAAACAUCACAUCCAUCAUACAGUACUAGAAAACAAUAACAGCAUAAUGCAGCGUGUUGACUGAACAAGCUUCGUCCUCCAAUCGCAUCUCCGCCAAAGUCAGUCAGGCGCCCCCAUCAGGACAGUCGCAACUGUCAAGAGUCAACAAGAGAUGACAUAUAUUACCGUCAGGAGACUUUUUGUGUGUAAAUGUCUCAGCAUUCAUCGAUUUCCACGACACAAACUGAAAUCGAUGCAAUGUCACACGAUGCUCAUCUCUCAGCAUUCACACACUAUAUUUAAAGCAAGACAUGCAUGUGUUUAUAUUUAAUGCAGAAUAGGUCAAUCGACAGCAGACGAUGCUGAGAGUCCCUAAGAAAAAAUGUUUGAAUGUUUAAAGGUUGUUGGUUUUUUUUGUAAAUGUACACUGGACGUAGUGUAAUGCUGGUCCCUCAGCAUUCACACAACAACACGAAAACAUUGGGGGUACAGUGGAAGUACUAAUGCUCAUUUCUCAGUGUACAUCAGCAUUACUGUACUAUAAAUGAUCGUCUCUCAGCAUUCACACAAUACAUUUUUAAAUAUGUAUUUUUAUGGGAUGUACUUGUUUCGCAGUAGACCUAUUUAUGUGCUUAAUGUUUUUGGGACACGCAAUAGAAUAAGCUUAGUGUUCGUCUCUCAGCAUUUGUUUGGCAUUCAGUUUCGUUACAACCAAGAUCAGAAUUGUUAUUUUAGCUUCAAGGCUUUUUUCGCGGUUAGGUCUUUUCGCGCCAAUUCUUUUUUGAGACACAAUUGAAUGAGUGUCAUGCCGUCUCUCUGCAUUUACACAAAAUGAUGUUUGCUUGACAUACAGACUCGUAAUAAUCAGGUUCAGAAUUGUUCAAUUAUCUUAGUGUGAACAACAGAACGAUUUAAGUGCUCAUCUCUCAGCGUCUACACACGAUUAGUUUUGUUGGAUACAAAGGUUACGUUAUAAUCAGCAUAAGAAAAAUGUACAUUUUUCGUGUGAAUAUCUGUCUCGCAGUAAUCACGCAAUAUUUUUUGGGAUACAUAGUAGAAUGAGCAUAAUGUUUGUCUCUCAUACAGUAGGGUUAAAAUCAGGAUCAGAAAGAUGUAUAUUUUUUAAGCUUCAAUGCUUGUCUCGCAGUAUUCACGUGAAAUGUUUUUGGACAAACAAUAGAAUGAUUAAAGUGCUUGUCUCUCAGCA